AUGACUACCCAACAAGAAACAUCUGUGGAAGAUACAUCAACUUUCCUGACAACAGUUAGCAGAUCGCAAACCAGUCUUGGGACAACCGAAUCCGAAGUCGCAACUAUCUUCAGACGAAAUUUAACAGAAAUGACACCCACGUUGGCUUUAUCAACAACCACGCCACAUCAAACAUCAGGUUUAGUGUUAACUCUUUUCAAUUCAACUUUACAACCAGACCAAACAACGAUCAAUAAUUCCAGCCUGCUAAACAUUUCCGACCAAGACAAGAGUCAAUAUUUAGCAUACCUCCAGGAACAAACUACGAAAGGUAUGAUUCCCGCCAUGGUGUACCUGAUCAUUCUGGCAGUUGUUGGAUUUGUGGGGAACUGUCUGGUGUUGUUCGUGUACUCCCAGAAGUUCAAGCAGACGUCCACUAGGGUGUUCAUUAUGGCUAUCGCCUGCUUUGAUAUCAUCACCAAUGUUAUUGCUAUUCCAGGUGAGAUCUACGACAUGUUCCACAUCUGGGACUUUGACCAGCCGAUGGUUUGUAAGACCAGGCUCUUCUUCAACGCCUUCACCACCAUGGUGGCGGCCAUGGUGCUAGUUGCCGUAGCAGUCGUCAGAUAUCGGAAGAUCUGUAAGCCUUUCAAGAAACAGGUCACUAUCAAGAUGGCCAGAAUCAUCAGCGUUAUUCUAGCCAUGUUGUCGCUGUUAUUCUCCAUUCCCUACGCCCUCAUCAACGGCCGUCAAACCAAACCCACACCACAAAACGGAACAAUGGGUUACGAAUGCACCAUUGACGAUAGUUAUGUCGGCACAAUAUGGCCGCUGAUGAAUGGCGCCUUUUUCAUCUUUCUGUUUAUCGUCUGCAGUAUUCCACUUGUCGUCAUGUACAUCAUGAUCGGAGUUACGGCGUGGAAACACAGCAAAAUUUAUGGGGUAACUACACAAUCGAAAAGUAAACCCGAAGCACGUAACAGCGAUUCAGGUCACACUAACGAAAUGGGUACAAAAUCAACGGAGGAUUCGCCUUUGAAAUUCCCCAAGUCGCCAAAGACAAGGUCUUUUGUUAAAAUGAAAGGCGGGUCUACGAGUGAACCGGUUUCAGAAAGCUGUGGCAAAGAAAACGAUGGCGGAACAUCCAGCGUUGAGAAGGAGCGACAACAAUAUAUCAUAACCCAUAGUUCUAAAACUCAGAACAGUCAUGAUGAUGAUAAUAAUACUACAGAUGUAGACGAUACGAAUAAAGAAGAGAAUAUUGUAGCCAACAAUAACAACUUCUCGGUGCGAAUGAUUCGUAGCCCUACAGGAGAAAAAGUGAAUGUUAAUUUGUGUAUGGUUAGAGAAUUGACCGUUAAACUGAAAGCAGUAAAGAAAGAAGUUGAAAGUCGCACCAAAUACAAUGAUGACAGCGGAAACGACUCAGAAAAUGCUGACGUAGAACUUGAGAUUUCUUCUCAAAAGUUGAAUAAACUUAAAGAAGGAGAGAAUGUUCAUGAAGAAAGCGAGUCGCUUAAUAAAUCUGACAUUAAUAAGUCCAGAAAUGGCAGCAAACACCUCAAGAAACACAGAAAUAAAAGUGCAGAUAACAACUUGUACAUUGAUCUACGACAAACGUUGUCUUCUUGUCCUUCAAGACGAAUCAGCAAAUCUGUAGACGAUUUAACGCGUCUUGUUGAGAAACGACCCAACAUCGUGAAAGAACUGGCCAAACUUAAAGCUGCAGAACACGAAGAUUUAGAUUUACGAGCUGAAGCAAAUAGUCUCGUUGAAAGUCUCGAACCAGCAAAUCACAACGAAGCGGAAUCGCCAAAAGACGAACCCGUUAGCGAGUUUGCUAAAGUUAUGCAGUGGGUAGACUUAACAUAUUGUCUACAAGAAGACAACAAAGACAGCGAGAACACAAAGAAUGAAUCGAACUGUGAAGAGUUUGAAUCAACAAGUUUAUCCAAGAAAGGAUCAUUUGCAAUGGCGCGAAAGAUAUCCAGAGACAAUAGUUUUCUACAAAGACAUAGAAAAUUGAAAGAUGCACUAACUGACACGCUUACUCGUGCAAGAAAAAGCAGAAGAGAGCGAGAAGCUUCAGAAGCUGAAGGUCGAGAAAAUUAUGGAAACUUUGCCCUGGAAAACAUCAACUCUGAGAGCGAAAACACCUGUAACAACGAAGACAGUGAUCUCGCAACGAAAGACACAACAAUACAAAGCAACAACGAAAGACAAGAUGAUAAAGCGUACAAACGAAAAGCCAGCAAUGCCAUAGAAAACAUUCCAAACGGCGAGUUUGGAAACAAAGUAAAGCUUAACGCCCAUCGAGGCAGACGCCAGGGAAUCGGAAGAACAACCGCCAUGCUUAUUCUCAUCAGCGCCGUUUAUAUCCUAGGCUUUCUACCUUAUUUGGGUCUCUCUUUUGCCAAGUAUGCAUCGCCAGCCACUUUUGAAUCCAUGGACAUGGCACCAUUCGCUGUGUAUAAUUUGUUCCUGCGGUCAUACUUCCUGAAUAGCGCUGCCAACCCAAUCAUCUACAGUUUAUGUGACAUGAACUUUAGGCGGGAAUGUUUUGGGCUGCUGAAAUGUUCAUAG